ACAAGAGUUGCACUCUCAUCCUCGUUUCAUCCCGGUUUAAAUUUCUCCGUACUUUUGUAGUAUAUGUCACUGAUGGCUGAACUUGGUGAAGGUCCAGAAGGCGGGCCACCCCCCGCUCCACAAGGACCUCGACCCCCACACCCUGGACCUCCCCAACAAGGUGGUGGUCCUCAGUCAGGUGCUCCACCAAGGCCAAUGCGUAUGCAGGGACCAGGACCUAUGAUGGGGAAUAACCCACCCAUGAGGUCCCCCCACGGAGGAAAGGGACCUCGUAUGGGAAGACAUGUAAGUAGAUUAAUGUUCACUUCAAGAGUUUUAGAAUUGAAGGCCUUGUAUAUAUAUCUGACUUUUUUAAAAGACGUAAAUCAUAAUGGUCUUAAUGUUGAACAGGAUAGGAACAAUAGCCGUUACUUGCAUAAUUCCUAUAGCUACAUUUUAGGGCAUGUAUGGAACAAUUUACCGCUCCCUGCACAAUCUGCAUCGACAUCUGUCAGUGCUUAUAUGUAUUAAUCUAGCACAGUGUAAAUAACAUGAGUUCCAUUAUAGUAAAUAAUACAGAAAGAAAUUGAAGGAAAACAAUUAAAGCGAGUCUUGCAUUUUCGGUUCAGUUUUGAACCGAGAUUUUCCGAAGUUGACAAGUCUCUCUUUCUCGCUCCGCCCCUCCGUACUACGUCAUGUAAUGUACACUAUAGUGGAUCGAUACUAUAUGACAAUGAAAGAGAGACUUGGAGCAAGUCUAGAUUUGAGCUGGAGACAAAAUCUGAUUUCAACGAAUGUUAACUAGAAAUGUUGACACAUGUUGCCUCGUGAUUUGUAAUUUAUGUGUAAAUAUGUUCAGUUAACAUGCGUUGAAAUCAGAUUUUGUUGCAAGUUGCAGCAAUUUUGUUGCUCGUAUUACUCCACCUUUACACAGUACAACUCAAGUUGUGAGCAGGUUGCAUGCGACAGUUUUAGGCAAAAGUUUAGUGUAAAUUGACCUUUACAUAAACCAUUUUUUCAUGCUUAGAAAUGUAGGCACUGUAUAGAUCUUUAUCAUGCUUUUUUAGUCAACUGCGUCACUAACAUCGUUUCUAAAAACAGAAAAUUUUUAAUAGGGAUUGUAUGCAAUGACUUUCAAACAAGACAUAAUAGGAAAAAACUUACGUUAUCGUGGGACAAUUCCAUUUUGCCUUCAUAUUGUGCCCUGAAGGCUAGUUAGUACGUUUCUGUAUAUGUUGGCCGCGUUAAAAUUUCUUGUGGGCUCCUGCCGACACGUUUUUCUUCGAAGGUUGUAUUGAACUCUAUUACAGUUAAAAAAAUGUGAAUUUUCAAAUACGUUUCUAACACAAAUGACUUACAUCAUUUGAAAGCUUGCAAAAAACUACAUAUAAGACAUUUAAACGGUUACUCGAGUUUUUCUUGAGUUAUGAGCUUUUGAAUGCGUGUUUUCAGACUAGUACCCAGGAAUUUUUUUCGAGAUUUUGGUUUCUUUUUCACAUUUGAAACGGCAAUAACUCGAAAACCGCUUGAAAAUCCCAACUAACCAUUUAAAUGUUUCAUAUGUAGUUUUUUGUUAGUUUUCUAUUGAUGCAAGUCAUUUGUAUUAGAAAUGUAUCAGAAAUUUCACAUUUUUUAACUGUAAUAGAGUUUAAUACAAAAUUCGAAGAAAAACGUGUCGGCAGGAGCCCACAAGAAAUUUUAACGCGGCCAAUAUACAGAAACAUAAUUACUAGCCUUCAGGGCACAAUAUGAAGGCAAAAUGAAAUUGUCCCACGAUAUGGUAAGUUUUCCAUAAUUUUGGUCCUCUAUCUGCCUGACUAUAACAACAAAGAAUAAAAUGUAUUUGCUGACGUUUUGUUUCAGGGUGGGCAUCAAGGCGGACAUCAAGGCGGGCAUCAAGGUGGACAUCAAGGUGGACAUCAAGGCGGACAUCAAGGUGGACAUCAAGGUGGACAUCAAGGUGGACAUCAAGGUGGACAUCAAGGUGGUCAUCAAGGUGGUGGUAUGCCACCAUGGAAUUCUGGAAGAGCUAGUGCUCCAAAACCACUCAUGAGUUCACCGGUACCCCCACCUCCUAACCUAAAUAGAGGGCCCCCUCCUCCCGGUAAUCAUCAACCCUGGAAUAAACAAUCACCUGGUAACUCAGGACCACCAACACCUUUUGGCAUGCAAGGUAAUAAAGAUAUCGUAUUAACCCGUUCACAAUUGCAAGAUUAAUGAAGCUCACAUCUCUUAACAGGGUUUAAUAUUACGGACUUGAACCAUAUUUUAAGGAACAUUUCUAUAUCGAAACCUAGAAAAAAUAUCUAUUUGUUUAUCGCUAGGCCCCCCACAGCAUGGACCCCCUCCUGGAAUGUCGGGUCACCCCCCUCCGCCCGGACAUGGUCAAGGUCAUGGUCCACCUCCUUGUCCCCCUCCCUCCGGGCAACAAAAUUCAGGACCACCACCGCCGCCACCCCCUGGUCAAAACACAGCCCCACUACCUCCAUGGCAGGCUCAAUCAAGUAUGUAUGAGAGUUUUAUUAAAUAGCUGGAGGUUUCAGGUAUAUUGGUAUUUAGACCAUAUUACUUUUGGUAUAUAGUAUUUUAUUGUUAAAAUAGAUUGAAAUAUGGGUAUAAAGUACACUACAUUUACCCAAGAUAAGUACUCAGGCAGAUGUAGCAAGGAAUUUUAAGUAUACUGGUAUAUAUAUUUGAAAAAAAAUCAAUUUAUUGGACCAUGUCCAAGCGGUAGAGUGCGAACGGGACUCAAAGUCCCAUGCGAGGCACUCCCCCGUUGCAAACUGUAAAUAUUUCUUAAAUAUUUACAUUAAUAAACAGAUUUAGAUCGAGGACGCGGACUUCAAAGACGACGUGAAAAUGGCGUAGCAUAUCCAUACAUGGGCACAACACGCCAUUUUCACGUCGUCUUUGAUGUCCGCGUCCUCAAUCUAAAUCUGUCUAAUAAUAGCUAUGAAAAAACAUAUGCCAAUUACUUGAGCACCAACUAAUUCUUAAAACCGCACGCAACUUACAGUAAUGGUGCUUGAAUAUAAAGGGUAGAGUACGUUUACACACAAACGAUCACUCGGCCGAUUUCAGGUAUUGCCGAAUGUUAAAAUGACAAAAGUUAUAUCAGUUGACAACACAGAGUAGACAGAUAUACAGAACUACAACUAGUGCACCCACCUCUUUGUGCGCGUGCUCGGCAAGUUACUAGAUGCAUGCAUCCCAUUGGAUGGCGGCUCGCUUUAACUGCUCGCCGAACUUGCCGAGCACGCGCAGUAAAUGAUAUAGCCAGUAUUAUCGAGUAUAUUAGUGCUCGGGUAACUCCCCCCCCCCCCUGGCUGGGUCUGCACAAUAAUGUGUAGUCCACUUCUGGGAUUCAACAUUUUCCUGUCAAUUGACAACUAAAGCCUCUUUUCCAUUCAUCUAUUCUCGACAAUUUGUUUUAAUUAGGUGCAAGCACUCGCAGCGGGCUUGCGAAUUGAUUUUGCAGUGAGUGGAAAAGAGCAUUUAUAAAGGCAGAAAAAAAUAGAUUUAAGCCCUUCAACUAAAGCUCCGUUUACACGAGCAAAUUUUAUGCAUUUGUCACAAUAAAUUUGUCACAAAUUUAUCAUCUGCACGAGCAAAAUAUCUUUGACAUAUGGAAUUUAUCAAAUAAAAUUCGCUCGUGUAAAGGGGACCAUAAUUCAAUCGAGUUGGAUGCCAACAAAAUGUUGAUAUUUACCCAUACUUUGACGUCAUAUUUCAAAUCCGACUAUGAGGACUCGACUAGAUUUCAAAUCGCGCAAUGGACAACUUGCAUGUUAGACUAAAUUUUAAUCUAAGUAAAGAGAAGGGAAUAAAACACAACAGUUACUGUCGUUCCAAUUGAAGUGUUCCUCAAAUAUUGAUUCAAUACAUUACCUCGGGCUGACCAAUUCAUUUGAUCAAGUUCCUCGAGAUAUUCAUACACUUCCUAGUAUAAUUGUAAACUUCCUGUUGAAUAGUUUGAAUGCACCAAUCACCUUUGCUGUUUGUGCAACUAACCAAUCAUAAAUAGAAAGGAAGUGACCAGAAAUGAUCAAAUACUUGGAAUUGGCUCUUUCACAGGAAGUGUAUGAAUAUUUCGAGGAACUUGAUGAAAUGAAUUGGUCAGCCCGAGGUAAUGUAUUGAAUCAAUAUUUAAGUAACACUUCAAUUGGAACGACAGUAAACAUUAAUUUCUUUUUAAUUUUCUUCAUGAAUUAUUGUGUAUUUUAAGUGUAUAUAACUUUCCACUCCAUAAUUUCCAUCUACAAUGACCAAAUAAAAUAACAAUUUGAACAUCAUGAAAUUAUUUGUAUUUAGAUCCCUGGCAAGCAGCAGCAGCAUUUGGUUUCAACCCACCUCCCCCGGGUUAUGGUGCAUAUCCUGCUCAACCUCCUCCCCCGCCCCCACCGCCUGCACCAUCAACUGAAUCUCAGGCACCACCACCUCCAUGGGUAAGCCUUAAUCUUUUAAUUUUUGAAUGAAUAUGUUAUCUGCGGCCUCACGAGUUACGAUACGAUUGUGAUAUUGACGGGUGGCAUUUAACCCAUCGAGUCGCAUUGCGCCCCAAUGUGCCUUACUUUGUUAUUUUACUCCGUCUAACGCCAGACGAUCUCACUCGUGGCGCCGGCUGCACCGAAAUGAUCAAUGGAAAUUUCCAUUGCAAGAUCUUGAAAUUAUCAUUUUUUCAAUAGCACGUGAUCAUAUUCGGCCAAUUAAAUUUAAUAAGGUGAUAUAUAGUAAUUACUUCUAUCAAGAUAUGAUGGUCUGGAAACUAAUUGUGUUAUGUGUUUGUCGGAGUUUAUGUUAAUUUGUGUACGGUCACGGUGAUUUAGCUCAUUGUAUUUUCGUAUAAAGUAAUCGUCCAACAGGAAUAGCUGAGGUGAAACGUGCAACCACGAUGAAUUAUUUUUAAUGAAGUUGAGACAAAGGAUUUGUGCAUGGUGAGAUACAGUUCAACAUCAAACAAAGCUCUUCUAUUUUGUGGCUUUGAAGUUUGCCAGGCUUCCAGACCAUAGCAAAAAAUAAUGUUGGAUCUUGGCAUAGAACCCCAGACCUGGCUUGGCUGGCAUUAAAUUUUAGGUCGUUGCAUAAUGCUAACAGACACAAUAAAAUAAAAUACAUGAAACCUCUGCAACCCCUCCUUGCAGAUGAGGUUAGAUCCGCCCCUGGUGACAACCUUUGUACCAUGUUGUUUAAUCUAACCAUUAUCUUUCUUCAUUAACUAGGCUCAGGUUCUUAUGGCAGCCUCACAACCACCUCCACCGCCGCCACCUAACUAAACAUUCAUUUCUCAGCUCAAAGACCGAAGUAAAAUUAUUUUAUUAUUCUCCAACUAGGAGAGAACACACUCUUUUCAUCCAUGCGUGCCUUUUGUACUAUAUGGAAGGCGUCAGAUUGCACGGGACUUUUAUCCGAUGGGGUUUUAAUGCCAAUACUACACGUAGUUAGUGUGCUGUCCUAAUCUAUAAGGGGGUUGUACAAGAGAGCAACUAGUGCUUGAUCAUUUUACCCCAUGGGGCUUUUAUACCCUUACCUUUACUGCUUGGAAGAUGUUUGUGGUCUUGAUUUGAGUUUAGCCUUAAAAAGUUUGUUUGUAAAAAGUCAUAAGGCGAACUCGAUAUAUAGGGUCAUUAGUAUCACUAAUAUUUUUUAUCCCAAGGGGCAUUCGCAUCCUGUAAUCUCUAAUACGUGAUCAAAAAUAUUUUAUCUGCAAUCAUGCCAAGGGUAUAUUAGUAUUACGAGUAUUGUUCCCAGAGGUAGAAAGGUAUCGGAACCUGCAAAUCUAGUCCCCAGAAAUUUUUUAGGAUCUACAUUUUUGCAGAACUUUUUUGCAGACAAUUUUUAUGUGUGAUAGCUAAUUCUGAAAAUCAGACUGAUUGAAUAUCUAAAGUUACUAAAUAUCGGAUUAUUAAAAUGAUUGAAUACCUAAUUAAUCUAUUGACUGGAUACCUAAAUUACAGCGGACAGGUUCAUCAAAAAUAUUCAUAUGGCCUGCACUAGGAAAUUUGUUUUUAAUCCUGUAAGACUGUGACUACUCUGAUUACUUCAGGUUUUACCUUAUCCUAUUCCUUAUCAGUCUUAAAGACAUAUUGCUUCACAUGAAAACACCAUAAGACAAACACAAACGACAAAACCCCUAUUUAUAUUGCAAUAUUCUGCAGAAAAUUUUGAGUUCUAAAUCCAGGUUCCCAGAUAUUUUUCACCUCUGAUUGUUACUACGUGAAAAUGAACAUUUUGAUCUUUUUUGCUGCUGAAACAAGGCAUAAGGGAUUCACCUAAUUGUCUCCACGUUCUAGAACUAAAACUUUAACAUGUGUGUUUGGUUAAUGUAAACAUUGUAGCUGUCUUGAAACAGCAGAGGCUUUUAAAGUGCAUUAUAGAAUCGAAGAUUUUUAUUGUCCUAAAGAAAAAUGGCAACAAAAAUUACGUUUGCUUAUGUACGAGUCAAAUCCAACCGCGAUCAGCCCCCCCCCCCCGGGCAACCCCCGGGGAAUUUGACUUUUGAAAAAAUAAUUGGUCAAAUGCCCGCCCGAACAGGCAGAAACCACAGUCAAAUGCCCUGCUAUAGCAGUAUAGGGGUAGUCCUGUUUCGAAUUUUGACUAAAAUUAAAUUUAAGAGGUAUUUCAAGAUUAAAAAGAACGAAAAAUAGGCCAGACAGUUCUUCUUUUUGUUCAACUGGGCAUAUUAUAUCAUAUAUCUAUGAUUGAUAUUUGUGAUUCAGAAGCAAUUUUCAAACUAUCGAAAAGACGCAAAAUAGAAAACUCGUAAAGCGCUAGAAGGUACACAUCUUUUUAGGGAAAACUGCUGAGCAAGUUGUUGUCAAGUGGUCAAAUGCCCGGCCGGGCCGUCAAAUUCCCGACCGGGCUGUCAAAUUCCCGCCUAUACGGGGGUAAUGUUAAGUCAAAUGCCCUGGGGUUGCCCGGGGGGGGGCUGAUCGCGGUUGGAUUUGACUCGUACAUUAAUUUGAAAGAAUAUUUGAUGUAAUUAGUUCUUUGUAGGAUUGCAUGACGUUGAAACAUAUAAUACAUUUUGUUUGUGGAAACACCACGUUAAUUUAUUACUGCAGUAUUAAAUUUACGUGGUGUUUCUUCCACAAACAAAAAGUAUUAUAUGUUUGAUGUAUUUACAAAUCUUUUUUAAAUGCUCCCAAAUUAUCUUAAUUUUUGAGAUAUUUUGAAACCAAACCAAACCAUCCCGCCAUCUUGUUUUAUAAUUAGAUCUUACUAAAUGACGUCACAACCAUGCUAGACAUUUUAGAACCAAUCAAAGGCCGUUGAGGUCGACUCACGGACGGAUGAGAUCAAAUGAAAAUGACAGAAAGAAUUUGAGCAGUUUUUUCGCAAACGGGAACCGUGCGAAUUUUACCAUUUGUCGUGCUUCUUUUGCCAAAUCAAAAGAACGAACGCGUGCUCCAACCCGAUUUCCGGUUACGGGAAACAGUGCGCGCAAAGCAGGCCGGUCAUUUCUCAUUGUUUAACUGCCCCACAUUCAUGUAACCACAAAGACUCGCAGAUGUUGUUUCGCCCGUGAAUAAAGAGCUUGUACAUUAAUUUCAGAAUAGACAAUAGUAAAAAAAUAGGAUGUAGCAUUAACGUUGCGUUAGGCCUGUUUUAUACGUCGAAUUUCGGUCGCGUUGAAUGCAAUUUAUAAUGAAGCUUACUGAGGUUUAUCAUCUCAUCUAUUGAGUCUUAAUUCGACGAAUAAAACGGGCCUUGAAUUGCUCAAGAUAUAAAAUAAUGUUAUCCUUGUUGUGAUUUCACGCCAGUGAACUCUAAAAGGACUGGAACCAGGUUUGAAUCGUUAAAAUUGAAGCCUUUUGAUUAAAAAAGUACUAAUUGUCGCUCAAAAUCAAGGGGAUUUUAGCCUGCAUGAGAUUUAGUUUGUAGAAAAAUUUUUUCUCGUUUGUUUACUGCUAUAGUAAAAGCAAUAUUUGGA